GUGCCGCGUGGAGGCUCGACAUGAAUUUUGCAAGGCGGAAGAGAAUGGCUGCGAUCGAACAGCAUAUCGACACCAGUCUACAGAUGUGAAGACAACCAUUUUAAGUAAAUAGAAACGAUUCCAAUUUAUUUUGCACUAUAAUCAUUCUAUCAUGGCGCGAAUUAUGUCGUUCAAACGGUCAGGGUGGGUCGCGGCUCUCUUUGUGUUCUGUGGGAUGUGGGGGGCUGCUUUGUCCGUCACUCGGUACUCCAUUCCAGAGGAAAUGCAAGAGGGUUCCGUUGUUGCGAACUUGGCUACAGAUUUGGGACUUGAUGUUCGCAGUCUGGUAAGACGCAAGGCAAAGCUUGAUAUCAUCCACAGUAAAAAAUACCUUGAUAUCAACAAAGAAACUGGCGAUCUGUACAUUAUAGAGAGGAUAGACAGAGAAAACAUAUGUACGAGCAAGACAACAUCUUGCUUUUUGAAAAUGGAUGUCAUAUUUGAAAACCCUAUUCGCAUUUUUAAUGUUGAACUGGAAAUUAUGGACAUAAAUGACAACGCGCCGAUUUUUCGAAGGGAGACCAUGCAAUUGGACAUAUCAGAAUCCACUGCUCCCGGAGAGAGGUUCUCGUUGACAAAUGCAGUGGAUGCAGAUGUUGGUGCAAAUUCUAUAAAAACGUAUUAUCUAAGCGAAAGCAAAUCUUUUACAAUCGAUAUACAGACAGGAAGCGGUGGCUCAAAAUACGUAGAUUUAGUUCUCAAUAGCCAUUUAGACCGAGAAGAACAGGGAAUUCACAAUCUGAUAUUAACCGCUGUAGAUGGAGGAGUCCCUGCGCGCUCAGGCACAGCCAGCAUAAUUAUUAGGGUUCUGGAUAUCAAUGACAACGCCCCCUUCUUUAAUCAGGAGGUAUACGCAGUUAAUAUAAAAGAGAACUCCCCUAUUGGAACAGUAGUCAUUAAGUUGAACGCAACAGACUUUGACGAAGGCAUAAACGCAGAGAUAACGUAUUCCUACACAUUGUACACAUCGGAGAAAACGCAAGAAAUGUUCUCUCUCAAUCCUGACACUGGAGAGAUCAAGGUGAAGGGCGUGAUUGAUUUUGAGGAAAGUCAAAGUUUUGAAAUGCACAUACAGGCCAAAGACAAAGGCCCAAAUGCAUUAACAGGAGAAUGCAGAGUGAUGGUAUCUGUUACCGACAUGAAUGACAACCAUCCCGAGGUAACCGUCAAAUCUUUCAAAAGUACAGUCAAAGAAGAUGUCACCGUAGGAACGAUAAUAGCCGUUAUCAGCACCCGCGACAGAGACUCCGGGAGAAACGGAGAAGUUGAACUUACUUUUAAUCAACAAGCACAUCUACCCUUUGUUCUCAACAAAUCCUCAGAUGAGUUCUUUGCACUCCUCGUUUCAAAGCCCCUGGACAGAGAAAUGAUCUCCCGAUACGACAUCACUUUUAAAGUCACAGACAAGGGCACACCUCCUCUUUCUGAUAAUGAAACCAUCACCUUGGAGAUUCUUGACGUCAACGACAACGUACCAGUGUUUCCACAGUCCCUCUACACCAUCCACGUCAUGGAGAACAACGUCCCUGGUGCGCUGUUGACCACCCUCACCGCCUUUGACCCAGACCUCCACGAGAACCAGUAUCUGGUCUAUUUCAUCAUGGAGAAAGAGAUCCAAAACACCUCCAUAUCGAUGCUGUUCUCCAUCAACCCAGAGAACGGGAACCUUUACGCUCUGAAGACCUUCGACUUUGAGAGAGAGAGGGAGUUCCUGUUUCACAUCGAGGCCCGGGACUCAGGCGUUCCCGCUCUCAGCAGCAACGUCACGGUCCACAUCGUCAUCCUGGACCAAAACGACAACACGCCCGCCAUCGUGGCGCCGUGGCGCGCCCAGGGUUCCGUCAUCGAGGAGGUGAUCCCGAGGUCCACCGACAAAGGUCACCUGGUCGCCAAAGUCAUCGCCAUCGACUCGGACUCGGAGCAGAACGCACGUGUCACCUACCAGCUCCUGCAGGUCAGCGACCCGACGCUCUUUAGUCUGGACCAGUACAACGGCGAGAUCCGCACCACCCGUAUGUUCAGUUACAGGGACCCUCGCCACCAGCGCCUGGUCGUCGUCGCCAAGGACAACGGAGAGCCGUCCCUCUCUGCCACGGUGACCAUCAAGAUCACGACGGUGGAGCACAUGGUGACGUCGUUCUCCGAGACGACGGAGGAACCCUUCGAGUAUGACAUGUUCUCCGACCUCAACCUGUACCUGGUCAUCGGCCUGGGCUCCGUCUCUUUCCUGCUGCUCAUCACCAUCCUGGUGAUCAUCGUGAUCAAAUGCCAGAAGCCCAAACCCAAGCCCAUGAAAAUCCCCCCGCCCAACAGGAACAGCUACGUUAGCAGGAACAGCUACGUUAGCCAGAGAAGCUCCACCAUAGCAGACUCCACCCUGAUCUCCAGCGACGCCUACUGGUACAGCCUGUUUUUGGCUGAGACCCGGAAAGGGAAGGUGGUGGUGAGGCAGCCCAUCGUGCCCAAAGGAGCCGGGUACUUUGUCUCCAGUAUACCCAGGAGCAUAGGCCCCACAGAGACCAGCGACUCCAGGGCAUCCACACUACAGGAGUCCAGCAGUGACCUGCCAUGACUUCUCGGACGGGUUGAGAACUUUCUACAAAUUCCACAUGACAUCGAAGACGUUCAAAGACACAACCACAGCCCCCUACCUCCCACCCCCUACCCCCACCCCCCAGCUCUCUAUCAAUAAGAUCCAACAGUGAGCUCCCUCCGCGGGCAUCUCUUGGACCCUUCUUUCCAAACACCAACCUCACACCAGUGACCUCUUCUGCUGUAAACUACCUUCAACUCCAUCAAUCAAGCAUGAAUCUGCAUGGCCACACUACCAGGUGCUUGAGCUUUAUCUUCACGGAGAAGGAGGAGCCUCCGCCGAGGAUGCUGGGACUGAAUAGGAGUGCUGUCGUUUUUGGGGGAUGUUGCUGAUGACUUUGAACCUAACGGCAGGUAUGGACAUUCCAUUUCCUGUUCCUCCAGAAAGGAUGCGAUGCAGGAGAUGAAAGUGUUCCACAUGUUCUACUUAGGGGUUUUCUGUCAUGCUUUGCCAUGUCAUCACAGGCUUGUUGUAUAGUGUGUUAAGAUGUUUUUAUUUGCUAGUCCAAAUAUACUUUUU